AUGCAGACAGAGCAGCAGCAGCAGCAGCAGCAGCAGCAGCAGCAGGAGCAGCAGCAGCAGGAGAGGGAGCAGCAGCAGCAGCAGGAGGAGCAGCAGCAGCAGCAGCAGGAGGAGGAACAGGAGCAGAAGAAGGAGGGGCUGAAGCAGCAGCAGCAGCAGCAGCAGCAGCAGCAGCAGCAGCAGCAACAUCUAAUUCUGCAUCAACAGCAGCUACAGCAACAGGACAAGGACCAGCAACAACAGCAGGAUCAACAGCAGCAGCAGCAACAGCAGCAGCAGCAGCAGCAGCAGCAGCAGCAGGAGGAGGAGGAGAAUAUACAUAUGAAGUAUUAG